GUCUUGUUUACAUGACCAGCAUAUCCUGUUCCGGCCGAUGCUAAUCCAGCUUUCUAUAAUUACGUUGUUGUGAGAGUGCUACAUUAAGUUGUCGACAAGUUUAUCAGAGGAGCCCCGUCACGGAGAGUGUAUCCGUGUAAAUGGCGUCCACAAAUGAUCCAUUCCAAUUUCAAGAAUUUGAAGAAGCUGGCAAUCUGUUAGAAGCCAACAGAGACGCAAUCACAAUUAGCAUUGAAGAUGAGGAUACCAAACCUGAGAGGCAGAGCAAAGCUGCUGGGUACACUCCUGGCGGUGAUGACGAGGACCCACUUGCCAGUGAUGACAAGGAAGAGCUUCUCUCUGGGCAGAAGAAAAAUGUCCCUUUCUGGACGUUUGAGUACUACCAAAGAUUUUUUGACAUCGAAACCCAUCACGUAAGGGAAAGAAUCAUUGGAUCAAUGCUGCCAUGGCCUGGAAAGAACUUCAUCCAUGUCUACCUACGUAGAAAUCCUGAUCUUUAUGGACCAUUCUGGAUCUGUACCACCCUUGUGUUUGCAAUCGCCAUCAGUGGAAACAUUUCCAACUUCCUGGUGCACUUAGGCAAACCAAACUAUAAGUACACCCCAGAGUUUCAAAAAGUGACCAUAGCAGCAACAGCGAUCUUCAGCUAUGCUUGGUUUGUGCCGCUCGCCCUGUGGGGGUUCCUGCUGUGGAGAAACAACAAGAUCAUGAACUUAGUGUCAUACUCCUUUAUGGAGAUCGUCUGCGUGUAUGGAUAUUCCCUCGCGAUCUACAUACCGGCAGUGGUCCUAUGGAUUCUCCCAUAUGAAUGGCUGAGGUGGUGCUCUAUCGUCAUGGCUCUCUGCCUCUCCGGCUCAGUUCUAGUGAUGACUUUCUGGCCUGCAGUCAGGGAUGACCACCCUAAAGUUAUGAUAGGAAUCAUGUCAGCUAUUGUUGUGCUCAACGCCCUGCUCGCUGUUGGCUGUAAGGCCUAUUUCUUUAGCAAACCAGAGCCGGCGCUACCAGCUGAAACGCCUGCUGCAACAGUGGUGGUGAAGGCCACGUCUUCGUCAUGAAAGCCUUUCAUUGUCUAAAGGUUCUCCUGUUGCCUUAUUCGAGAGAAUCAGGUUGCUGUGGUGUUGAAGUCACUGGUCGUCUGGAUUUCACCUGCACUCCGACAUUCUGGCUCGUGACCUUAAAACCCAGUGUGCAUACUCGGUUUAGCCGCGUGACCUCUGAAAAUGAACACUGGUGACGUGUAUGUCAUUUCUAAUGGGAUGGGUUCUAAACUUCCUUAAGGAUAAAUGGGGUAUGUUGUUACACAACACAGAAGAUCUCUUGUAGUACAAUAGUUUUAUGCUUUAUAAUUUUCAUGUUCAUAUAUUUAGAGCAGUCUGUGCGGUAAUGGUGGUGACAUCUAAGGCUUUUUGUAUAUGCAUUUUUUUAUAUUCAGUUCAUGGGUACUGGCUAGUCUACUUUGUGUAAAGAAUAUUUGGUAUGAGCAGAACAACAAUUACAGGUGUUGGUGAGAUAUUGAAGGCUUGUACAGAGUUAACUGCAUUAACUGAUAUAACCACAAGUGCCCUCAACUAAUGCCAAAGACCCAUUAUAUAUGUCCAAGGCAAGUUGUGUAACUAUUUUUUGAUUCAUUUGUUUUUAUUGUGACAAAAUGCAUUUGAUAAAAUGUAAGAAAUUUAAUAUAUCCAUUCUCAAUGAAUGUUUCAUGGGAAAAAAUAAAAUAAGACCUGGUGGUCUUUGUGGGACCCACCUUUAUUAAUGAAACUAUCAUUAAUAAAGGUAUUAUGACACUGA